GUCGGUUGCCUGUAACCAGACAGCAGAACUCCACACCUUUCCGUCCUAUCUCCAAUGAACCUCGAAGUUCCUCCUCGCCAUGGCUCCCACGACACUCUCUCCGAGUCGAACUCUUUUCAGCCUUAACCAUGGCUUCUAACAAUCGUGUGGUUACGCGCAAACGCCGGCGCGUGGACGACGAUCCCACGACCCCGAAACCGGAACCCCCGUUUAUCCGGUGGUUGAAGGAAAAUCGAGCUGCUGACGUCACCCGCAGGUGGCUUGCUGAUGAUAGUACUGACCGGGAGCCAGCAGUUACUCUUGACCGACUUAUCGGGGUUAGAACCGACCGGGAGAUCGGGGUCAGUGACCGUUGGGAGGUGGUAGUACCUGGUAAGUGCGCUCGACGAUCGACGACGGCAAGGACGGCUGCGACUCGUUGCGACGCGGACGACAACGAAGACGGCGACGAGGACGGCGACGACGAGUUGGACGGCGAUGUGGACCUCGAGUCUGCAGACGACAACUUGGGUGGCUUCAACGAAGGAGCAGGAACGGAUAUAGAGCGCGGUGGAGCGGAAGCAGGUGAACGAAAUGCAGGUAGUAACAGUACUCUCUGUAAAGUCGGCGCAGUGAAGGCGAAUCGCGUGUGGAGCGACGCGGAGAUGGCGGAGCUGGCAGCGGGGACCUCCUCCGGCAGUAGCGCGCACACGGCUCGCUGCAAUGCUACAGGCGCUCGCUGCAAUGCUACAGGCUCUCGCUGCAAUGCUACAGGCGCUGGUUGCAAUGCUACAGACGCUGGUUGCAAUGCUACAGACGCUGGUUGCAAUGCUACAGACGCUGGUUGCAAUGCUACUGGCGCUGGUCGUAAUGCUACAGGCGGCGCAGGGAAAAACCGCCUGUGCAGCGACGCAGACAUGGUUCUUGAGUUUACUCUUAAGAAGCAGCGCCAGUGGAGCGAUGGCGAGAUGGCGGAGCUAGCGGCCGCCAUGUGGAUCACGCGCGGGGAGAUCGUCCCCAUGCGCGGAGGCAUAAGCAGCCACUAUUGGCGGAAGAUCCGCUGCUUGAUCCGGCAGGGGAACCCCGCGUGGUCGCGCCUGCCGGCGGCGAUGGCGCGGCAGUGGAAGCGGAUGAAGAAGAGGUACGAUGGGGCCAGGCACGCUGAGCGGCGCCGGCAGCAGCAGCAGCAGCAGGGGGAGGGGAGAGCGGCUGAUGCCGCGGAUAGGCUGUUUGGUAACGCGCCGGUGGGGGAGGAGGGGGGAAGGGAUGGGGGGAAGGAAGGCGGGGAGGAAUGGGGGGAGGAAGAGGGGAAGCCGGAAUGGCAUGAGUAUGUGAGGCUCUAUUACUUGGCGGAGCAAAACUCGCCUGACGGUGGUGGUGGUGAUGGUGUGGAUGAGUGGGAAGACGAGGCAGACGCUACAGCAGCAGGGGGAGCAGGAGAGCCGCACGCAGCAGCAGCAGCAGCAGCAGCAGAGGGACAAAGGGAGACACCAGCAUACGCGUUUCCAGAGAUCCCAGCACCACUUUUUCCACCAUCGCUCCUACCGCCCACAGCAAUGGUACCAGCAGCAGCGCCGUUGCCGUUGCUACCUUUGAUGGCUGCAGCACCUUGCAGGACUUCCGCAUUCGCAACUGGUGGCCCCGACAGCUAUCUGAUGUCCCUGCGCAGCAUGGUCACUCCCGUUACUCCUGUUGCUCCCGUUACUCCUGUUACUCCUGUUACUCCUGUUACUCCUGUUACCGCAGUUGCUGUUGCAGAGUUGGGGAACGGCUCUGAACGACAAUGUAUCGCAGCCGGCCAAGUCCAACAGAAGCACAGCCGAGAGCCAGAGCUCGUGGUAAGGGGGCGAGGGGCAAGAUGGGGGCAGGAAGAGGGUGAAGAAGAAACGGAUUCAGAGGAGGAGGAGGAAGAGUCAGGUGCAGGCCAUACCUCCUCGGACUCAUUGGAUGAACGUGAAGCUGCUGCUGCUGGUGGGGGUGGUGGUGCAGGGGCAGGGAGGAUGCGGACGAGCAGGCCGUGGAAAGAGGCGGAGUUGACCGAGCUGGCAGCGGCGGUGUGGUCUGCACGGCGCUGGGUGGUGGUGCAGAGGAAAGGGAAGAAGGGCAGGAACUACUGGCGGGAGAUCCGGCACGUGAUCCGGAGGGGGAACCCGGGGUGGAACCGCCUGCCGUCCGCCAUGUCGCAGCAGUGGCACCGCUUGAAGGCCAGGUACCGCGCCCUGAGGGACGCCGACAGGCAGGAGAGAGAUGCAGAGAAGGAGUGCGAGCAGGGGGAGAAAGGGUGUGGUAAUGGCGUGAUGGUGGCUGAGGUGGAGGCAGGCGGGCAGGCAGAGGGGAGGGCAGGAGGGUUGGCUGGGGGCAGGGCAGGGGGGAGGCCAGGGAGGAAGGCAGGGGUAAAAGCAGGGGGAAAGGAAGGGGUAAAACCAGAGUGGUAUGAGUAUGUGAGACUCUACUGUUUGGAGCGAAACACACCUGACGCGCAUGCCGUUGACCAUGGUGGGGAUGGUGAUGGUGGUGAUGGUGUGUGGGAUGAAUGGGAUGAUGCAGCAGAGGACGUGUGGGAUGGUGCACGAGGAAGUGGGCGGGAGGCUGCAGGCGCUGCAGCACCAAUUAUAGCACCGGAUCCAGCAGCAGCAGCAGCAGCAGCAGCAGCGGUUCCAGCGCCAUCACCACUUGUACCUUUGACGAUCCCUGUGCUGCCAACUGCCUCUCCACUUGCAGCAAGGGGAUCCGACAAUUAUCUCUUAUCCCUUCGUAACAGGGUUGCUCCUGUUACCACAGCUCCUGCUCAAGGUCUUACAGAGGUUAGGGUGAGGGCGGCAGCACCCGGUGAGCUGAUGGCACAUGGGGGGGGAAGCAGAGAGAGAGGGUUGGCGGGGAGAGGAGGAACAGUGAUGGGGGAGUCUGUAUCUGAGGUGGCUCAAAGAUUGUGGGCGGCAACAGCUGGUGGGAUGGCGCAUGCAGGGGUGAGGAGAGAGAGGGGGUCAGCAGGAGGAGGCACAGAGAUGGGUGGGAUGGGGGGGUUGGGGGGGAUGGGGGGGGUGCGUAUGGGACAGGUAUUGACAGGUACAAGCGGGGAGAAUGCACGGAACUUCCUUGCAGUGAGCAUGGGUGAGAGGCUAACUGCUGCAAUGGGCGCUGCUGUGAGAAACGCAUGCUUUCAGGUGGAGCAGCACUCCCCAGAGGUGGCUCGAAACGUGUGUGCGCAGCUGGAGAGGCUCCGGGGAAAGCUUCUGGAGGAUGCCUGCACUCAAGUCGAGCAACUCUCCACCCGACUGGCUGAGAACGCGCGCGGUCAGUUUGAGGGCCUUGUGAGAGAACUGGCUGGGUCUGAGGUGCCGGGCCGCCAUGGCAAGAGGCGGAGGAGGUAGCAGUGUUGUGUAGAGGUUUGGAUGGCAGUGGUGGUGGCCAGAGCUGGGGGAGUCUAUUGAAGUAAACUGGAGUCUGAGUUGGUGGGUCAAGAUGGCAAGAGAAAGAGGGGGUAUGGUAGCGUUGUAGUUGAUUUCAUGGCAGAGGCGCAUUCCUCCUGAGCUCCAGCCCCAUGAUACUACGACGA